CCUCUAGCGCUCUCUCUGCCGGUGAAACAGUGUCGGACAGCGGGGGCCAUUUGGCGCAGUUCUGAGCUACAUCCGUUCACAAAGGGCGUUCAAUUUAUUUAUUUACCGUCGUAUUUUGUCACAUUUUUCCUUCAAACCUUCACAAUGAGUUCCAUCAAUGUCAAAAAGCUGAAAGUGAACGAGCUGAAGGACGAGCUGAAGAAGCGCAAUCUGUCGGACAAGGGGCUGAAGGCCGAGCUGAUGGACCGCCUGCAGGCCGCGCUGGACGAGGAGGCCCUGAGCGGAGACCCGGACACCGCGGCCGACGACGGCGUCGACCAAGAGGGCAUGGGCGAGGAAGAGGAAGGCCCCAUUGAAGAAAGCAUGGAGGCCAACGAGGACGAGGGGGAGCCGGAGAACGGGGACGACGGCAAUGGGGUUGCCGAGGACGCGGAGAUGGGUGAGGGGGAAGAGGAAGGGGACGAGGACGACGAGAUGGAUCCCAUGCUCAAGGGAGAUGUAGACGACAUGGAGAAAAUAGAGGCAGAGGACGGUGAGCCCGGAGACCAGGCUGCUGAGGGGGAUGCGGACAAAGACACGAAUGCUGAUCAGAAGAAUAAGAAGGGUGUUAAGAGACGCCGGGAGGAACAUGGAAGGGGCUACUUUGAAUUUAUUGAAGAGAACAAAUACAGCUGGGCCUCAUUUAAGUCUCCUGUGCCCCCGUUGGAGGAGGAAGAUGAAGAGUUUGAUGACACAAAAGUCUGUCUGGAUACCUACAACUGUGACCUGCACUUUAAAGUGUCACGGGACCGUUACAGCGCCUCGUCUCUCACAAUGGAGAGUUUUGCUUACCUUUGGUCCGGAGGCAAGGCCACCUACGGCGUGAACAAAGGCAAAGCCUGCUUUGAGAUGAAGAUUACAGAGAAGAUUCCAGUGAAGCACAUCUCCAGCAAGAACAUGGAGAUCCAUGACGUGCAGGUGGGCUGGUCCCUGGCUGCUGGCACCCUGCUCCUCGGGGAGGAGGAGCAUUCCUACGCUUACUCUGGCAAAGGCAAGAAGACCGCCAACUGUGUGACGGAGGACUUUGGAGAAACCUUUGAGGAGAACGAUGUCAUCUGCUGCAUGAUUGACUUUGAGGGUGAUGAAGUGGAGAUGUCCUUCGCCAAGAAUGGCGGCGAGCCGGCCGUCGCUUUCCAGAUCAGCAAGGACUCCCUGAACGGACAGGCCCUGUUCCCCCACAUCAUCUGCCACAACUGUGCCGUGGAGUUCAACUUCGGCCAGAUGGACACUCCUUACUUCCCUCAGCCUCAGGACUUCACCUUCCUGCAGCAGAUUCCUGUCAGCGACCGAGUCAGAGGCCUGAAGGGACCGCAGACCAGGGCUGACUGUGAGAUCAUAGUGAUGGUUGGUCUGCCGGGCUCUGGAAAGACCACAUGGGUGAAGAACCACGUCCAGGAGAACCCUGGGAAGUACUACAUCCUGGGCAGCGACACCAUCGUGGACAAGAUGAUGAUCAACAGCCUGAAACGCCAAUCCAAGGACAUCACGAAGUUGACCGCCAUCUCUCAGCGAGCUCCUCUGUUCCUGGGGAAGUUCAUUGAGAUCGCUGCCCGCAAGAAGAGGAACUACAUCCUGGAUCAUACCAACCUGUCAGCUCCAGGCCAGAAGAGGAAGAUGUGUUUGUUUGCAGGCUUCCAGCGUAAAGCCGUGGUGGUCUGUCCCUCCGACGACGACUACAAGGAGAGAGUCCAGAAGAAGGUCGAGACCGACGGCAAGGAAGUGCCUGAACACGCUGUGCUCAAGAUGAAGGGCUUCUACUCUCUGCCUGAGGAGGGCGAGAGCUUCAACGAGGUCAUCUACGCUCAGAUGCAGAAGGAGGAGGCGGCCAAGCUGCUGGAACAGUACAAAGAGGAGAGUAAGACGGCUCUGCCCGCCGAGAAGAAGCCCAACCAGGGCAGCACGACGCCCAAGAGAGGCGGCGGUCUGCGAGGCGGCGGCCGCGGAGGAAAGAACCAGUUUGGGCGUGGUGGUGGACCUGGGCAGAGGGGAGGUGGACGUGGAGGCUUCCAGAACAGAGGCAACUUCAGAGGAGCUCCUGGACCCCGUGGCGGCUUCAACCGCCCUCCUCGUGGCUUCCUGCCUCCUCCAGCCUUCAGAGGAGGAUUCCCCCAGCGUGGAAACUUCAACCGGGGCGGCCCCAUCCCCAGCCUGGGCGGCUCCCCCAGGGGCAGACCAAUGAGGGGCUACAUGGGACCCAGAGGAGCCCCCAUGAACAGAGGAGGUCCAAUGAACAGAGGGAACAUGAGCAGAGGAGGUGGAGCCGGAAUGAACCGUGGUGGGAACAGGGGACACCCCGGCCAGUUCCAGCAGAGAGGUGGAGGCCGUGGCAAUUUUGGAAACAAGAACGGAAACUUUGGUAACAACAGGAACAGCGGCAACUUUGGCAACAGGAACGGCAUGGACAAGGCCCAGGCCUUCAACCAGAGCUGGCAGCAAGGGUUCUGGAACCAGAAGCCGUGGAGCCAGCAGUACCAGCCUGGAUAUUACUAACACUCUUGUUCUAAUGGACUGGUGGCGACUCUGAGAUCCACCGCUAGCCACGGAACAUCCCCGCUGUCUGAGUUUUUUUUUUAUUUUCUUAGAACCCACUUUUAAUAGCCUGAGACCCAACAACCCAGACUAAAGCGACGUGGAUCUACAUUCCGUCAGAGGAGAGUAAAGGAAGCUUUCUAUAAUCUAUUCACCUGUACAGUGUGGGUUCAGCUGCAUUCAGUCAUCUGUUUAUUUCCUUUCUUUCUGUUGUAUAUUUCAUUCUUUUUCCACCUUCCACUUUUAGAUGACAUGCUUUUAAAGGAAAGAAGAUCUACUAUUUGUGAUAUCAGGAAGCAGUCGGGCAGACGUUAAGGUUUUGUUUUCAGGGUUGUGCAUUUUAUCUGUGCUGUGAUUUUUUUUUUUUUUUUUUUUGCUUUUUUUAUUACAAAUUGUAAAUAUAAUUUUUUGUGUGUAGUUUGUAUGAGAAGUUUCAGAAGCCCUGCUGAUUGAAAGGACCUUGUUGGCAGGAAGCGUGAUGAUGCUGUUAGACUGUCCGUAGAGUCCAGCAGUUAGCCUGAAGCAGCAGAAAUUACAGCAAGUUUGUCUUUUGUUGCCACCAUCGAUCCUGUAACCUAAACUCCAUAGAGCUACAAUAAACAACUCGUUGGCUUUUUUACAUUCUCCCUGGCUUAUGACUUUUGAUUCAGCUCAAAGGUGUGUAACAGACCUUUGACAGGGCGAUGGCCCGGUUUGCUACGUCAAACCGUACGGACUUCAGCCCGGCUACGAGCUCCUCUAGUAUUCCUCUCCACUGUCUUGUCUUUGUCAUUUCUAGUCCUCUAGCUACUCCACUGUAAAUUGCUUUGAGAAAGUAUUUUGGCCAAGCCAUUUUAAGGAUAGAAAUAAGCCAUUUUUAGUGCUGCAUUAUGCCUUUUUAAUCCAUGUAUGUUUAAUUUAUGCUGAGUUUGGGGCGCUGAUGAUGCUUGAUUCUCAGGAGAAAGUAUGUUUUCUAGAUUGUCUAUCAACGGUUCCUUUAGUGCAGUAGACUUCUGAGAAACGCCCAGCACUGACCAGUCCACCCAGUAUGAGUUUGAUGGAUUUAUUUUUUUAGAUUUCACACCACACUUUGAGUUUCUGACGAUGUGAGUUCAGCACAAAGGCGGGGUAGCUUCUCUUCACCAGCAAACCUAAAGGGCUACACGGCAUCGCGACACUUCAUUCUAACUCUGCUUUCCAACCCGUACGCCGUCGUUCCUUUAGAAGCUCUGUAGGGUUGGUGUUGGCGACUGUGUGGCCCGACAGUAACGGCAGCUCCCCAUUCAAACGGCCCGUAACGUCUGGAAAACCAACCGUUUCCACGACGACUCCGCUGGUGUGUCCGUGUUUUUAUUUUCCACAUGCCCAGUAAACGUGUAAAUAUACCACUAAUUCAACCAUGCACGAGUUUUCAUGAAUUAAUUGAGUAAUAAAUGUAUUGUGAUUAAGGAAGUAAUCGGUUUGCCCGCGUACUGCUGUGUGAUGAACUGUCGAUUCUAUUUAAUGUCUGGAGAGUCUGUGCCCUCCUUUUUUAUUGUUCUGGAUCCAUAAAUCUAGCCGAAUGCAAGCUUUGGGUUUACAGUAUAAUCUAUAAUACAACAGACACUAUAUUUUUAUCGCUUUGUGUUGCAGGUUGUAUAUCAGGUCUUUUAUUAUUAAACCAACAGCGCAAAAGCUUUGAGACAUUUUCAGAUUUGUUGUCUUUUCUAUCUGACGGUUUUUAAUAUUUGUGUUAAGAAAAUUGGGAUUGUAUUUUUUUUAUUUGUCUCUAUUAAAGUUAACAAAGUUGA